AUGAUUCAAGGCAACAAUCGCAAGCGGCCACAUCAUCCCACAUCAUCCCACAUCAACUUCAGCUACAAAUUCGAUGUCGCUCCAAAAGUGGUCGCCUGGAUCGAUGGAUUGGAAAUGACAAGUGGAAAAGACUGGCGCAUGAAGGUAUACGCAACAGAGAUCGAUCUCACGGGGUUCACGAUCCACAUCGACACCUGGAACGACACCGUCCUAUACGUGGGCAACGCAUCUUGGGCAGCAUGGCCCGCGUCGACCCCGAACGUGGUGACCGGGGCCAUGAAACCCGAGCAUGUCCAUGACAUGGAGGGAACGGGCUAUGCUAUCGGAGACAGUGUGCAUGUUGAACGGCCUGAGAUUGUCAAGACCGAACGCAUCCCCGCCCUCUUGACCGGGUUUGGCUCGUUCGACCUCGCCCAUAGCGACUGGAUGCGGCUCAGCGAGGCUGACGGGGCAAAAACCACCGCGGACGACAUGGACAGGCAGAUAUGCCCGGUUUCGCGACGGGUGGGUGGGUUAUAUUGCUGCCUUUGCGUGACGGUCUGGGGUCCUGUAUUGAUGUUGAUGUUGACUUUGCCCUCGCGGGAGUGUUCGGAGGAGCGUUUCGGAUAA